CUCUAUUUGUAGAGAGCGGUGCCGAAACCGGACCCAGUUUUUUAAAAAAAGUGCUUUGGUCUGGUAUGGUUGUGAUGAUCUUGAUCGGCUUGUACGGGAUAAUUAAAUUUAAAAUGCACAAAAUGGUUAUCGACGCAGUAAAAUGGUGCUUUACGCCACAUAAAACGGAUGACAUCGAUGAAGCACUUGAUGAAGUUCUAACUGGGGAAGACUUGCUGAAGAUGUUAAAAGUACAAGAUGAAGGCAGCAGUGAAAAAAGCAGUGAUCGAAGUGGCAGUGAUGAAAGUGAAAGUGCAAGUGGCAGUAGUGAAUCUGGCAGUAAUGCCAGUAAUAGUAGCACUAGUGGCAGUAGUGAAUCUGGCAGUAAUGCCAGUAAUAGUAGCACUAGUGGCAGUGAUGAAAGUGGCAGUAAUGCCAGUAAUAGUAGCACUAGUGGCAGUGAAUAA